AUGGCAAGACAAAACACUGCUAUAUAUCAAAAGAUUGCUGAAAAGAGAGCUAAUUUGGAACUCCUACGAGAAUUCAAAACAUUAACUGACGAAUUAGCCAACGAAUUGGAACUGAUUGGCGACCGAUUGGAAACAGUGAGAGAUGGAACAAGUAGUGUUGCCUUGAUCCUUUCAAACUGGCAACGCAUAAUCCAGUCUAUAUCAUUGGCCUCGUUAUGUUUGUUGAAGCUGACAAAUGGCCCAAGUGUGGAUCGAGACGCGUACCCUGAGCCAUUAAUUAGGAUAAAUUUAAACGAAAGCGACAACAAUGAACAAGAGGAAAUCGUAGACGAAGAACAACAAGAAGAAAAUUCAGAAGAAAGUGGUGGUGCUAGCUAA